AGUGUCGCUUUUCUAGCAUUAAUGUGUGCCUGCAUUUCAGAUCUUCUACACUUCAGGAAUCAUUAACAUAUUGUGUUAUGAAGGUUGCGAGUAUGGUGGACUUGCAAAAUUUUGACGAAUUCACGAAUCUUGAAAUCAUUGAAGUUAACCGAUAUAAAUCCUUUGAAAAUCUUACUGCUUUCAUAUGUGAACCAAACAAAAGUCACUGUCAAUUUACAUUCGGAAUUAAUAAGGUUGCAUGCCCCUUUCAAUGCAAUUGCACAUAUGAUCGAGACAAGUCACGUUUAGAAAUUGAUUGUUGGCAGAAAAAUCUCACAACUAUUCCACCGCUACCGGUUCCGAAAAAAGGUCAUUCACUUUUGGUGUUUGAGGCCAACCGGUUGGCUGAACUGCCCAACAACUCAUUGGAAGGCUAUAAAAACUUAAAAAGCUUAGACGUGUCAUACAACCAAUUAACAAGUCUAAGUCUGAGCCAACUGCCUGAAAGUCUUUACCAUCUGGACAUCAGACAUAAUAAUAUUACUACUCUAAGUCCACAGGUUGUUGAGUAUCUACACAGUGUUAAUACUUUCCAUCAGUUUGGCAACAAAUGGAUCAUCUACUGCGAUGAAUACUACUUACAAGAUUUCUUUAGGAAUAAAGCAAAAUUGUUACGGAUAAAAACAUCCAAAUUUGACUACAUAAUGAAAUCCAUGAGAUUAAAAAUUAAUACUUCAUUCAUAAGAAUGUUUUUUUUUAAACAUACAGAUAAUUUAUAUCUAGAAGCAAAUGAAGAUCAAAUGAAAAGGGCCUUUAAGAGUUCGUAUAAAUACUUAAAGGCAAUGGAACUAUUAAAUCAGUUCAUUGGGCUGUUUUCGGCGGAAUACGAUGAAAUUAUUCUCCAACAUCUCAACGCACGCUGUCCUUACAGAUGCUCAUGUUGUGUCGAACGGCAAACGGGUGAUUUUAUUAUAAAUUGUCGGAAUUUAACUCUUGACUUUUAUCCAAUUAUACCGAACCCGAUUUCGUACAACACGACAUUAUAUCUUGAUGCAAAUGAAAUAUCUUUUGUCAUUGUUCCGCCAAUUAUAAUCUAUACUGGGUUAAAGAAAUUGCACAUGUCCCAAAACCUGUUAAGAGAAUUUCCACUUCAGCGGCUCUCAGAAAACAUAACUUACAUAGACGUACGCAAUAAUCGCUUAAAGUAUCUGGAUGAUGGUGUGGUAGCCUUUCUUGAAAAUCGGGAGGACAUCACCAAGAUAGAACUUUCUGGAAACCCAUGGGAAUUUUACUGCGGGAGAAAGACCUUCCUAUCUUAUCUCAAGAAGCACGAGCCGGUAGAAUACGAAACAGCCCUCCGCCGCGUUAACAUAACUCAGGAUAAGUGUCCUGUAGACUGCAUUUGCUGCGUCGAAACCCAAUUCGAAUUGCAUACACUGAUGAUCGACUGCAGUGGAAAGGACCUUCGCGAAAUACCACCACUACCCACACUAGCACUUGGACAAACAACUCUCAUCUUUGAAAGAAAUAAUCUCAAGAAAUGGCCAUCCAGCUUUCUACUAGAAUUCUCAAACGUGACACGACUUUAUUUGGCCCACAACAGACUUUCCGCUAUUGAUCACCUACCAGAGAAACUUAUACACCUGGACAUCAGUCACAAUAACUUCACGGCUCUAGACGAUCGAGUACGGGGAUUCCUGCAGAAACGAAUGAAUUCAUCCCAGAUGAAACUAUCACUUUUUGGGAAUCCGUGGACUUGCAGUUGCAAAGAGAAGGACUUCCUGGUAUUCGUAAAGGCCCAUGCGAAGAAUAUUGCAAACGCUUCUGCUGUUCAAUGCAGUGGUACUGGACGAUCGUUGAUUGAGAUCGAGGAGGCUGAUAUAUGCCCCUCGGUCCUUAUCUACUUCACCUCCCUUGCCGUCUCUCUGCUGAUCCUUGCUUUGUCCCUUAACGUUUUUGUAUGCUUCAGGCGACCCAUAAUGAUCUGGUUCUACGAACACGAAAUAUGCCUCAGUUUGGUCGCCCGCCGGGAACUCGACGAGGAGAAGAAAUACGAUGCCUUCCUAGCAUUCACCCACAAGGACGAGGAGCUUGUCGAGGAGUUCGUGGAUCGCUUGGAGAACGGCAAGCACAAGUUUAGGCUUUGUUUCUACCUGCGAGAUUGGUUGGUGGGCGAGUGCAUUCCCGAUUGCAUUAACCAAUCUGUCCAGGGCUCAAGGCGCAUUAUCAUCCUGAUGACGAAGAACUUCCUCCAGUCCACCUGGGGUCGCCUUGAGUUCAGAUUGGCGCUACAUGCAACCUCGAAGGAUCGGUGCAAGCGCCUGAUCGUGGUCCUUUAUCCGGAUGUAGAAAACUUCGAUGACCUAGACAGCGAGUUGAAGGCGUACAUGGUGUUGAACACCUAUCUGGAGAGAAAUCAUCCAAACUUCUGGAACAAGCUGAUGUAUUCAAUGCCACAUGACAUGCAUUCGAAGAGAAGACGUUCUGAUGAAGAAACAGAGGUAUAAGAACAAAAUACACAUCAUAUGCUAUGAAAAAUAUAUUAUCCUUUUUUCCUGUUUAUCUAUCAAAUCAUUUCCAAGCUCUGUCAAAACA